AACCUCCAAAAUGCAGACCCCAAACACUAGGUCUCUGCAUUUGAGUGAAUGGCAGAAGAAUUACUUUGAUAUCACCUCUGGCAACUGUUCUCCAGGCCAGAAGGCAGAUGCCUUCCGUUCACAGAUUCUGCGCAUUCAAUAUGCAUGGGCAAAUUCUGAGAUUUCCCAGGCCUGUGCUUCCAAACUCUUCAGAAAAUAUGCAGACAAAUACUCUGCAAUUAUUGACUCUGACAAUGUAGAAACUGGCUUGAAUAACUAUGCAGAAAACAUUUUGACUAUGGAAAAAUGCCAGCAAACUGACAGUAGCAAGUGGCAAUCUGGUUUAACAAUAAAUAAUGUUUACAAAUUAAAUAGUGUGCAAGAGAUGAUGCAGGCUGGCAGAAAGUUCAAAGAUUCUCUGUUGGCACCAGCAGAUGCAUCAAUAGUAAUCCAUAAGGAGUUUAGUGCCUUUGGUUUUUCCAAACCUAGUGUUUGUGGUAGUUCUGAAGAAACCAACCAGUGGAUUAAAUCUAAUUGUACUGAGAAGACAUUAAGUAUUCCAGAGAAACCAGCAUCCUUGAUCCAUCCUCAGAAUAAUCAGCUUCUCAUCAUGACCAGAACUACAGAUGACUUUCCUGCAUCCUCAGUGCCUUUAGAUGAACUGCCCAGGACAAAGUUUCAUGUUACUCCAUUAUUUGGAAAUGUCAAAAUGGCAAGUAGCACUACAAAAGCCAAUAUGGCAUCAAACAUGUCAUCAAAUCAGUCCUUUUUUCAUUCUGACUAUGGAAAUCCAGGGAAAAAGAGGACUUUCUGUGAUUCUAGCUCUGAAAGCACUGAAGCCCUUUCUAAUCCCACACUGAAUAAGGCUCUUGGUAACAUGGAAACCAGUGGCCAUAGGGAUGAGAGCAGUCCUUUUAGUUUUAAAACUGCAAAAGAACAACUAUGGAUAGAUCAGCAAAAGAAAAACCAUCAGCCCCAGCGUGCACCAAGCUUUUCAUAUGGUGGAGUAAAAAAGUCUCUGGGAGCUGGCCGCUCUCGGGGCAUCUUUGGGAAGUUUGUUCCUCCCCUGGCCAGACAGGAUAGUAGAGAUGAGAAAGGAGGGACACAAGGUAAACCUCCUGGAGCCGUGCCUGCAGAACCAGCUCAUCCCAUUGAUGAACGUUUGAAGAAUCUAGAGCCAAAGAUGAUUGAACUUAUUAUGAAUGAGAUUAUGGAUCAUGGCCCUCCUGUAAACUGGGAUGACAUAGCAGGAGUUGAAUUUGCUAAAACUACAAUAAAAGAGAUAGUUGUGUGGCCUAUGUUGAGGCCAGACAUCUUUACUGGUUUACGAGGACCUCCCAAAGGAAUUCUACUCUUUGGUCCUCCUGGAACAGGUAAAACUCUAAUUGGCAAGUGCAUCGCCAGUCAGUCUGGGGCCACUUUCUUUAGUAUCAGUGCUUCCUCCUUGACUUCUAAAUGGGUAGGUGAAGGGGAGAAAAUGGUCCGUGCCCUGUUUGCUGUUGCAAGAUGUCAGCAGCCAGCUGUGAUAUUUAUUGAUGAAAUUGAUUCCUUAUUGUCACAGCGUGGAGACAGUGAGCAUGAAUCUUCCAGAAGGAUAAAAACCGAAUUUUUAGUUCAGUUAGAUGGAGCAACCACAUCGGCUGAAGAACGUAUUUUAGUGGUGGGUGCGACUAAUCGGCCUCAAGAAAUCGAUGAGGCUGCUCGGAGGAGAUUGGUAAAGAGACUUUAUAUUCCACUCCCAGAAGCUUCAGCAAGGAAGCAAAUAGUAAAAAAUCUGAUGGCCAAGGAACACUUUUGCCUUACUGAAGAGGACAUAACCCAAAUUGUUAAGCAGUCUGAUGGAUUUUCUGGGGCAGACAUGACACAGCUUUGCCGAGAAGCUUCUUUAGGUCCUAUCCGAAGUUUAAAGACAAUUGACAUUGCCACAGUCACACCAGACCAAGUUCGACCAAUAACUUUUAUUGAUUUUGAAAAUGCUUUCCAAACAGUGCGCCCGAGUGUGUCUUUAAAAGAUUUGGAACUGUAUGAGAACUGGAAUAAAACUUUUGGUUGUGGAAAGUAAAUUAAUGAAGUACAACCUAAGGCAGCUAUAAAAUAUGUCUUUUUUAAAGCUUGGAAGCCCAAAAUAGUUAUUUUUAAUACAUUUAUAGUUCUUGAAGAAAGUAAAAUGCCUCUUCCUAAACCCCCCACAUUUCCCAUUCUGUGCUUUUUUUGAUGUUAAUUUAUAUAAUUUCCUCUGAUCAUUAAAUCAUAGUUGAA